AUGCCGCCUUCACCACAAACAGCAAAACUAACCUCAACCCUGCACCUCAUAAUCCCGCGCCUGCGCCUCCUCCAAAAGAAAUCCACCGCGUCCUCCGUCGUCCAGCGCCGCGAACUCGCCCAGCUCCUCGAGAACCAGCGCGACGCGUCCGCGCGCAUCCGCGUCGAGAAUGUCAUCGCAACCGAUAUCGCCGUCGAGGUCAUGGAGGUGGUAGAACUUUACUGCGAGCUGCUACUUGCCCGCGCGGGCGUUCUAGAUGGCCUUGCGUUUGGGGAGAGUGGGACGCGCGCGCGCGCGAGGGUGAGAGAGGAGGCUGUUGCGCAGAAUCAGCACCAGAAUCAGGGUAAGGCUGCGACUGGGGCUGCGACUGGGGAUUCUAAGAGUGGUGGUGGUGGCGGUGGGGGAGGAGGGGGUCUAUUUCGGAUCUUUGGUGCUGCGGGGACGAAACAGCCGCAGCAACAACCGACGACAGGAAAAGAUACACAGACACAGUCGCUAGGUGAAGAUGCAGCUGGGGACGAAACAUACUACCUCGAUGCGGCGCUUGAUGAGGCCGCAACAGCUAUCUUCUAUGCAUGGUCGCGCUUCCCAACUGAAGUGCGCGAGCUUACGCUCCUGCGCUCCCUCCUCACAGACCGGUACGGGAAAGACUUUAUGAAUCUCGCCUCAGAAAACAAACUCGCGGGCGUGAAGGCCCCAGAGCGUCUAGUGAAGGGGUUACGGGUGCGUCCGCCAAGCGCGGAAUUGGUGGAGAGUUAUCUGAAGGAGAUUGCGUGGGCAUAUAAAGUUCCCUGGGGCGAGACGGAGACGGGGUCGCAAGUUGAAGGGGAUGUUCCGGAUGUCGAUGUUGGCGAUUUCACAGGGGGUGACGGCAAAGGAGAUGGGGGAGGAGGGGAUCUCGACGACCAAGUACGGGUUGGGGAGGUUGUCCGCCGGGCAUCUGAAACUGCAGAGUUAACGCGCGCCACGCCGCCGAGGGGAUUCAAUCCGCAUUCGAGCCCUGUGAGUGUUGCGCCGCCGGGGCCAAGAUCUGAUAACCCGAAUCCGAGAGUCAAGGUCCCUGAUGACAAAGAUGGCGAUUCGUCGAGCGGGGCCGGGGCCGGGGCCGGGGUAUCGAGCCCAAGUCCUAGUCCGAGUGCGCAGCGGAGAGACAAGAGUGGGAUUCCGGAUGUGGAUGAGUUGUCGAGACGGUUUGCGGCGCUGAAGCGGUAG